AUUGUGUUCGGUUCCGGUGUCUAGGAAAACGCACGUGAAUUUGUUUUCUAAACAUCGUUUUUAUUAGGAGAGCUUUGUCAUGUCAAUACGGUGAUGGAAUUCUGUGCAGAACUAGCUGUUUUUCAGUCUGCAGCGAAAUUCGCAACGUUAGAGUUUCCAAGUCCAGCUGACAUUACAGAUUCGGACGAAGUGCAGAAAUUCACUGACCUGAUAUCACCAUCUGUCCGUGAGAUCCUCGAUGGGCUGGACAGUGAGCGCAGUCUCUUGGACAGAAAUGUGUGGAACUUCAAGCUGCUGUCUUUCCUGCUGACACACAUCUUGAAGAACAGCCACAACAAGGACCAGCAGGUUGAUGCAGUCAAAGAAAAUGGAGCUUCCAACAGUAAUGACAGAUCUCUGGAUAAGGCAGAGGCACUGACAGUCACUGACAACAAGGGCUCCAAAACAGCUGAUCACAUUUUUCAACAUUUCCCAUGCUUGAAUCUAGCAAUCCUUUUUGAGCUUGUUAAGAGGUUUAAGUGGAAUGGACAGCUUCUUGAGUGUUUGCAAGUCCUGAAUGAAUCUGAAGCAGCAAUAGUUGUCGAGUCCAUUAUUGAAGAGGUCAAGUCAUCAGAUGACCCCAACAACCUUGAACUUGUGGUCACCUGUCAGAAAUACCUCUUCUGGUUGGUGAUCAAGUCAGCCAAUCACAACCAGGGCCAGCUUAAUGUUGCCAUGACAAUGGAACAUACUGUAGAUUGGUUUCACCAGCAUUUGAAUAAGAUUAACCAACAAGAGCUACUGUCUAAAGGAUUAUUAAUUGAAAUUAUUCAUGUACUUGUCCUUCUUGGAUGUGUUUGUUGUAAUGAAAUCUGUAUUACUGAGUUAAGAACAUUGCUCUUACAGUCAGAACAGGGAAAAGAUAAAACUGUUGUUCAUCGAGAAACAACGAGGAUUUUAGGACUUUUGAAGUCAAGAACAAGACAAGAUUGUGAAAAUAACUUUUCAGAAUUACUACAGAGGAUUCACCAAGGUUUUCCAAAGCUAACAUGGUUGGAGGUUUCAGCUUCUUUUCUGAAAGACUUGAACAGUGAAGGAGAGAGCCAAUUAGGAAGAAACGCUGCAUUAAUGGAAGACCUGGCAAGGGAGACAACUCUAGAUCUUGGCAUAAUGGACUUGAAUGUGAUUUCUUUUUAUGAGAGAUUACUUGAAACAACCAAAAGUGAUAGCUCUGGAGAUACGAGGAUGUCUACAGUACAUCAGUUCCUGGCAUCAUUUGAAUCCCAUCGCUGCCACCAGAUGGCACUGAAACAGAAGGAGGAGGAAGAGAGGCAGGGGAAGAUAACUCUUGAGGAAAUAUUGUUUGGGAGAUUGGCUGGCUUUGAGGCAUGCAUUACAAGAAUCGUAACUUGCUGUGAUCCUGCUUGUUGGAGGAAUGAAAGAUACACAUAUUUAUUGCGAGAGAACUGUGAUUUGUUGUUUUCUGAGUCCGACAUCCAAGCUCUCCUUCGGACACUACGGACAUUAAUCAGGGUCGAAUGUCAAGGUCUACCUUUAGCCCCAGUCCUGCAGAUUUUGUUAGAUGCCUUUUCAAGAUUACCAAUCUUGACCCAAGAGAAGAUAAUCCUUGAGAACUUCCUGUCUUGUGAUGACCCUGACCUUCUCUCCUCUGUGGGCAGCUUCCACCAGGAGAUGAACAUUGCCUUCAACCAGUUCACCAGCGAAACAUCAGAAAAAGACCUCCGAGCUGUGUUGAGGCUGUCCCUGGUCGACCCUGUAGCUGUGGUGGAGUAUGCUGUCACUGUUGCAGUCAAAAGUUCAGGACAGAUUCCAGUCGUACUGAAGAUUUUCAACUCGAUGCCGGACUUGUGUCGUUGUUGCUAUGGCAGCCACCAACCUGAGAAAUCUCUCCUAUGUCAUGUGAUCACCAAGUAUUUGCUGGUGAACAAACUUGAUCGAAAUGAAGAGAAGAAUUUAAUCAAGUUUAUUUCUACUGCUGUGCAGAGUUUUCACAGAGAAGUCAAUGGCUACACAUUUGAAGAAGCUGCCAUCUUACCCCCAGCAGAGUUUGCCUCUGCAGCUAUCUUGCCUUUCAUUGGCUCAUGUAACUCAGGAGAUCAAGAACAGCCAAUCAACACAGAGCUUGCUUUGAGGCUCUUCAUCUGUGUACUGGAGAGAAGUGACAAGGACUGUGACUGGUUGAUUGAACUACAGCCACAGACGCUACUUCUAUGUCUGUUUGAGCUACUUGAUGAUUGUGUGGAGUUGUGGGAUGGUCGAGUGAACAAGUCCGGUAUAAAACAGUCCUGCUUGAGAUGUCUCCAGCUGAUGCAGGCAAAAUGUGCUGGAAUUUUCUCCAAAUUGCACGUGAUGGCUGCUGAUUGGUUGAAAUCGAAAACGAAGGAUCUUGAUUGGACGGUUCUGGUCCACCUUCAGAAGACUCUGUCCUGCCUGGACACAACACAGGCCGCUGGACACCAGGUGUUUGUUGAGGACCUAGCUGACCAUGUGAUACGAGGCUGUGCUGACAACUGCUUGCCACUACUGAGGUGUGCCAGCAUCUCUGAUGAAACAGCAACCGCCAUCAACCAGCGAAUCCCAUCUGGCCACAGAGUUAUCUCCCCUGAUGUCCUUACGUCUGCUCUGUCCCAGAUGCUGCGGAAUCUGCUGCUGAUGGAGUGGAGACGGGUGAGCGGCUGUCUGUGGACCCUCAUCACCCACGACUGCCUGACUCCUCCCUACAGGCUGCUAUUGGAUAACAAGGUUGUGUUGGCAACAAAAAAUGAGGUGAAGUGUUUGCUGACUUUGACUCAGAUACUGUCUAACGUUGUCAUGGCAACCUCUAGUGACACGUCUGCUCCUGCGUCUGCUGUCCAGCAUGUCAACACCUGCUAUGUAACAGUUCUGCAGGAACAGACCAAGGUUCUUACGGCUGUCCAGGACAGAAAAAUUGUGUCAUUUACACUCAUUCAGAUGUUAAGUCAUGUGACUGUUGCCAUGACUACAAUGGACUCGGACCAAUCAGAACCCUUGUAUGUCUUUCUGCUGGACUUGCUAGGCAAAUACAGUGACCUUAAGAAAGGGAGACAAUCUCCCAGCAACAUCCUGAAAUUCCGGGAACUGGACCAGGUUGUCGUGCAAGCUGUGGGUCUGAUGGAGGACAACAGCAGACAGGAGACAUUGUUGAAAAAACUAUUUGAGAAAAAGCAGGAGACAGGUUUGCAGAAAUGAGUGUUCAUUAAAUAAAAACAUGGAUGUCAUAGGUCAAACCUUACGUCAUAUCAAGCUGG